CCAUGGGCUUAUCCAGCAGCUGGUGCAAUGUCAUCGCCUCGCUAGCAAGCAGCAAACUCCGGAGGGUAUAAACCUGCACUGGGCUGCCGGCGAAUAGCUUCACUAAUGCUACCGAGUAUCGACAGCACUGGCGAAGCAAAGAGAGCCGAAGAGAUGCUUUUGUUGUCGGUUUAAGACGAUACGGAGGGACUGUUUUCACCUCGAAAGGAAGAGGGACACCGCAGUUCGUGGAGUUGAUGUGCAGAAACCUUUCUUUUUGAGCUCUGACAGAAAGCAGCUUGAACUGUAUCCUAUGUACUCUUCAAAAUGGCCAUUUUGCAACAAUUUGGACUACUGCUGUGGAAGAAUUAUCUUCAGCAGAAACGACAAAUCCUUGUAACUCUGGUGGAGAUCCUUCUUCCACUGCUCUUCUCCUGCAUCCUCAUUGUAUUGCGCCAGAAAGUGUCUUUCAAGGAUUACCCAAAUGCUACAAUCUAUGAGAGCUACUCAGUAGAAACACUACCAAGAGAUUGGAGAAACUUACAGCUGACAUAUGUGCCCGGCAACUCCAGCGUGGUGCGUCAGGUGGCAGAGGAUGUGCAAAGAAGCCUGUUCCUAUCCUCAGUGCGUGGUUUUGAGACAGAGGAGCAGUUUGAGAACUUUGUGAGGAAUGACCCUCAAUCAAGAAAUGUGCUGGCUGCUGUAGUUUUUGAGCAUCACUUCACACAUGAUGAUGAGCCCCUGCCCCAACAGGUGAGCUACCACUUGCGCUUUACUUUUUCGCCACGCAACGCCCCGAUCUCGGAAAAGUCUGAGCUGAACCCCAACAAUGACUUAGACUGGCACACACACAGUCUAUUUCCCCUUUUUCAACUGCCAGGACCAAGAGAGAAGCACUACAAGGAAGGGGGAACACCUGGUUAUUACAGAGAAGGCUUUCUGGCAGUGCAGCAUGCAGUGGACCGAGCCAUUAUGCACUCUUACAACAGAACCGCUGCCUCGCACCUGCUACGUCCUAUCAGAGUGGUCAUGUCACGGUUCCCCUACCCUGCUUUUAAAUAUGACGUCUUCAUCCUGGCUAUUCAGAACCAGCUGCCCUUACUACUGGUGCUAAGCUUCACCUACACCUCCCUCAACAUAGUACGUGCUGUGGUGCAGGAAAAAGAAAGGAAGCUCAAGGAGUACAUGAGGAUGAUGGGUCUCAGCAACUGGCUCCAUUGGAGCGCUUGGUUCCUCAUGUUUUUACUCUUCCUCUCCAUUUCAGUGUUUUUUGUUACUCUGCUCCUCUGUAUCCAGGUGAGCCCCAACGGAGCGGUGCUGACCAGCAGUGACCCCACGCUGGUCUUUGUCUUCCUGCUCGUCUUCACCGUGGCCACUAUCAAUUUCAGCUUCAUGAUCAGUGCCUUCUUCUCACGAGCCAAUGUGGCGGCAGCAGCGGGGGGCUUCAUCUAUUUUCUCAGCUAUCUGCCUUAUUUGUUCCUGUGGCCGCGCUACGACUUACUGAGCCAUUCCCAGAAAGUGUCAGCUUGCCUUAUCUCCAAUGUGGCCAUGGCCAUGGGCGCACAGCUUAUAGGAAUGUUUGAAGGCAAAGGUACAGGAAUCCAGUGGUCAAACCUGUUUGAUGCUGUUACGGUGGAUGAUGAUUUCUCCAUGGCCCAGGUUCUGUGCUUGCUGCUUUUCGAUGCUGUGCUGUACGGGAUGGUAGCCUGGUACAUGGAGGCGGUGUUUCCUGGAGAGUAUGGCGUGCCUUUACCAUCGUACUUCUUUUUACUGCCUUCAUACUGGUGCAGCACCCCUCGCAUGGCUUUGGUAAAUGAGAAGGAGGAAGAAGAGGAUGCUGAAAAGGCCAUGAAAGGAGAGUUUAUAGAAGAAGAACCUGCUGGACUCGUGUCUGGGAUAAAGAUUAAACACCUCGCUAAGGAAUUCAAAGUGGGCAACAAGACACGUCAGGCCGUACGAGACCUUACAGUGAACAUGUUCGAAGGACAGAUCACAGUCCUGCUAGGACACAAUGGUGCUGGGAAAACCACAACAUUGUCUAUGCUAACAGGCCUGUUUCCUCCCACCAGCGGUAGGGCUUAUAUCAGUGGUUACGACAUCUGUCAGGACAUGGCUCUGAUCCGACGCAGCCUGGGACUUUGUCCCCAGCACGAUGUAUUGUUUGAUAACCUUACAGUACGAGAGCACCUGCUGUUCUAUGCACAGCUGAAAGGCUACUCCAAAGACAAGAUUCCAGAUGAGGUGGACCGGAUAAUCCGUAUCCUAAACCUCGAGGAUAAGCGACAUGCUCGUUCCAAGACUCUCUCUGGUGGCAUGAAGAGAAAACUUUCUAUUGGGAUUGCUCUCAUUGGAGACUCCAAGGUUGUCAUGUUAGAUGAGCCCACAUCAGGUAUGGAUCCAUCAGCACGACGUGCCACCUGGGACCUUCUGCAAGGGGAGAAACGCGGCCGCACCAUCCUGCUCACCACACACUUUAUGGACGAGGCUGACCUGCUCGGUGAUCGAAUUGCCAUCAUGGCAGGAGGAGAGCUGCAGUGCUGCGGCUCACCACUCUUUCUCAAGAAUAAAUAUGGUGCCGGAUACCACAUGGUGAUCGUCAAGGAUGCUCUUUGUAACGUGUCUGAGAUCACCCGCCUUGUUCACAUGUAUGUUCCCAAUGCCACUCUGGAGAGCAGCGCUGGAGCUGAGCUCUCUUAUAUUCUUCCCAAAGAAAGCACCAGCAGGUUUGAAUUGCUGUUUGCUGAGCUGGAGAUGAACAGAGAGGAGCUGGGCAUUGCCAGCUAUGGCGCUUCAGUAACUACUAUGGAAGAGGUUUUCCUCAGAGUUGGAAAGCUGGUGGACUCUAGUUUGGAUAUCCAGGCGAUCCAGCUGCCAGCCCUGCAGUACCAACAUGAGAGACGCUCUCAUGACUGGACCAUGGAUGAUGCCAGCAGCAUCAGCGGCUUGACUGAUGUCACUGACUUCACAGACAGCGGCACACUCAUCUCAGAAGACUGCUCCAACAUUAAGCUGAACACCGGGGUAAGACUACACCUGCAGCAGUUUUAUGCCAUGUUCCUAAAGAGGGCGCUGUACAGCUGGAGAAACUGGAAGGUGAUGGUGGCUCAGUUCUUGGUCCCUCUCGUCUUCACUGUUGUGGCUUUAUUUGUGGCACGCACCCUUCCCAGUCAUAAUGACGCUCCGAAACUGAGUCUGGGACUCAGUCGCUAUGGUCCCACCAGGGUUCCCGUUUCUCUGCAGUCUGGGGCAGGACCCCUGGCUUCUGCCUGGGCAAGCACAUACGGUUCCCAGCUCUCUGCCCAGCUUGGCGAACUUACCAAUGCUACUGACUUCAACGAUUACAUCCUAACUCAGGCAGACGAAGAAGGAGGCAGUUUUAACGAGCACUGCGUGGUGGGCGCUGUUUUUCGAGGUAGCAGCAACCACUUCGCAGAAGCUACAGCCUACUUUAACAACGAGGGCUUCCACACACCUGCCACAGCACUCAUGAUGGUGGACAAUGCCCUGUUCAAACUCAUAGCAGGGCCGAAUGCUUCCAUCCAGGCAGGCAAUUAUCCCAUGCCACGCAACCUGUCUGAGAGUGCUCAGAACCAGCUCUCAGAGAGUAAGACAGGGUUUGCCAUUGCUAUCAACCUGAUGUAUGGGAUGGCCUCCCUGUCCAGCACUUUUGCCCUGCUGCUUGUAACAGAGUCCUCCAUCAAGUCCAAGCAUGUGCAGCAGGUCAGCGGCGUCUACCUGGCAAACUUCUGGUUUUCAGCCCUGCUUUGGGACCUGGUCAACUUCCUGCUGCCUUGUCUCCUCAUGCUGGUGGUGUUCCAGGCUUUUGGAAUCAGUGCUUUUCUAGAGGACAACCACCUUAUAGAUGUGUUGUUGUUACUUCUGCUGUACGGCUGGGCUGUGGUGCCUCUUAUGUACCUGCUCAGCUUCCUCUUCUCCACUGCUGCUACUGCAUACACACGCCUCACCAUCUUCAACAUGAUCUCAGGCACUGCUACCUUUCUGGCUGUCACCAUCUUGACGAUCCCAGAGUUGGAGUUGCAGCACAUGUCACACUUGCUGGAUAAGGUGUUCCUGAUCUUCCCAAACUACUGCCUGGGAAUGUCCUUCAGCCAGUUCUACCAGAACUAUGAAUAUAUCUCGUUUUGCACCUCCAGUUUAAUGACUGAAUUAAUCUGCAAGCAAUAUAACAUCACAUACCAGCGAAACUACUUCUCGAUGUCAGAGCCCGGGGUGGGACGAUUUCUCGUGGCCUUCUCCGUGCAGGGUGUGGUCUUCAUCAUUCUGCUGUUUGUCAUCGAGCUGCAGUGCAUCCACACUCUCUGGAGACUUUUCACCUCACUGUUCAGGAGGAGCAAAAAGGUACCUAUGAUAACAGCACUGCUCCCAGAGGACAGAGAUGUGGCCGAUGAGAGGAAGCGGGUUCUGGAGUGCCAGCCGAUAGUAGAGUCUAUGGUUGGUAGCCCCCUCAUUCUGCAGGAGCUCAGCAAAGUGUACAGCAGCGGAGAGAGUCUCCUGGCUGUGGACAGGCUGUCUCUCGCUGUAGGAAAAGGGGAGUGUUUCGGCCUGCUGGGCUUCAAUGGAGCAGGAAAGACCACGACUUUCAAGAUGCUGACAGGCGAUGAGAGCGUUACGUCUGGAGAUGCCUUCAUUGAUGGAUACAGCAUCCGGAGAGACAUUAAGAAGGUGCAGCAGCGCAUAGGGUACUGUCCUCAGUUUGAUGCAGUAUUGGACCACAUGACAGGAAGAGAAACUCUGAGUAUGUAUGCCCGACUCAGAGGAAUCCCAGAGAAGUACGUGUCUGGCUGCGUGGAGAAUGUCCUGCGCUCGCUGCUGUUAGAGCCUCAUGCUGAUAAACUGGUCCGCAGCUACAGCGGCGGUAAUAAGCGGAAGCUGAGCGCAGGAAUGGCUCUGAUCGGUGGGCCUCCUGUCAUCUUCCUCGAUGAACCUUCGACUGGGAUGGAUCCCGUUGCCAGGAGGCUGCUGUGGGACGCUGUUACACGCACACGGGAGUCUGGCAAGGCCAUAAUCAUUACUUCUCAUAGUAUGGAGGAGUGUGAGGCCCUGUGCACCAGGCUGGCAGUGAUGGUCAACGGUCAGUUCAAGUGCCUCGGGAGUCCCCAACAUCUAAAGAGCAAGUUUGGCAGUGGCUACACGCUGCUGGCUAAAGUCCAUGUAGAAGCUGAACUGGAGGACAGCGACUUGCUGCUAUUUAAAGACUUCAUUGAAAGCACCUUCCCAGGAAGUCAGCUCAAGGAUGAACACCAGGGAAUGGUGCAUUACCAUUUGACUGACAAAACACUAACCUGGGCACAGGUGUUUGGCACUUUGGAGGCGGCCAAAGAGAAAUACCACAUUGAAGACUACUGUGUGAGUCAGAUAUCACUGGAGCAGGUGUUCCUUAGCUUUGCCCAGUUUCAGCACUGCACACAGAGCGAGAGGAACUAGGUGGAGUGAAGAAUCUGUCCAUCCCAUUGCCCAUUUCCUACACUACGUGCACACGGCCCUUACGCAGGGACUUGCCUCGGUUACACCGCCAGGCGUGAACACAUGCCGGAGGAUGUCUCCAGCGCCGUUUUUAACCUUGGACACGAACACACACUCUGCGGGUCAGUGGCAAACACCAACUUCAGCAUUUCUUUUAUUGUAUCACCCGGAUGUGUCUUUCUUUGGUCACUCAUGCCAUUUGCUGUUGUUUAAAAGUAGAAGAACUGAUUCUGAUUACGACACGAUUACACUGACUCUUUUUAGUGAGGUCAAACAAAGAAAAUUGCAUCACUCAGUAGAUACUACCACUACUAUGAAAUGUGUGUGACAGGGAUUAUUUGUGUGUGUGUUUUAAUUGAGUGUACAGACUGUCAUUUUGUUAUUUAUGAUUUUUAUUACUUCUUGUGUGUGUUCAAAAAUGUGUGCUUUAUUUCGGUGACUGUCAAUCAUUACAAGAGAACGGACCACUCCAGUUGAUUUGAUUGUGUAACUGUCGCACACCUUUGAGCCUUAUCUAACAAGUGAGGGUUCCUGUUUCUUUAUGUCGCCCUUAUGAAGAAGGACUGUUUUUGUUUUUGUCCUUAAGAGCCUCUUAAUGUUGUUGCCAGAUGUACAUAAUGCGAUGUGUUCAUGGUACUAAAACCAUUUACUCAUUUAAAGACUGUUUUGGAAUCAUUAAUGGAUGCAUGCCUAAAAUAGGACUUGCAAAAUGCACGAAACUGGGAGAGCAGAGAGCUGCUAGUGAACAAUAGAAGGCCGUCCAGACUGAGGAUUAAUCCACAGGGUACAUUUAGUCUCUUCUUAGAGCAUUUAGUACAUCUCAAUUUUCAGCUCCUGUGAGGUAACUAUUCAGUUUUAGCUGCCCAACAAAAGUACAGGAACAGUGUGUUACUAUGUGGAUAUCAGCUCCACUGCUUACGUGGAAGCUGUUUAUAAAAAGAAAACCCCCACAAAGUGACGCUGGAGAUUUUACUCGUGCCAUUGUUCUGGUGAAACUCAAAGUCUUUCAAUUCAAAUUGGCCUAGAACACCGAGACUGCAAUGACCUUUAAGGAUGUUUUGAUGCCUUUAUUGUUUUUUCCAUCAGCUGUGCAUUUCACAUGCUGCACCUGUGCAUGUGUAAAGACAGCGACAGAUAGAAUGGGAGCACGCUUCCUGGAUUCAUCCCAGAGUCUGCAAAAGAGACUGAAGACUUUUAAUGUCUUCAAAAACGAUUUCCUACUCAGUCUCCUGCUUUUAUAAUCUGGGAUAAUCACACUGAGUCCUUUAUUUGACAUUCCUGUCCUCAAAGAAACACUUCAGAGAAGUGAAAUGAAUGUAUACCGUCUUACACACAAAAAGCUCUCUGACAGUUGUAUUAACAGCUUGAUAUUAUUCGCAGUGCUUUCUUUAUGCUAAACAAGAGACUGACAUUCCUAAAAAAAAACCCCACUGAUGUGUUGCUUAGAGGUUUUCAAAGGUUUUUACAUUAUAAUUUCUGUGUAUUUGCACAAAUCCUCUUUCAUUAUGUGUGUGACUUGAAAUAACAGCAUUGUUAGACAAGUAGAAAAAUGAUAAACAUUUAAAAGGUUUGCGCUGCUGAUAUUGAAGAAUGUUUAAUGCUGAAAUGUGGUGUAUCAAAUUUAAAAAGGGAAUUUACAUCAUUGUAAUUACUGUACUGUACUAUGCCAUGGGACUGACUUUGUCAACUCUAAAUGUAUCGCUACUCUUUUUAAAUUAAAUAAUGCUCUAUGCAA